AUGACUACCUUCACCAUUCCAGACAGCCAGCUUGACGCCAUCAGAGACCAAGUGGUCCUGAUCACGGGCGCAUCGUCGGGCAUCGGCCUCGCAACACUACGUCGAGUCAUCCAGCAUGGAGGCAAAGUCUUUGCCAGCGACAUCAAUCCGCUGCCGCAGCCCGAAGGCGCGUCGGUCCCGUUUAUCAAGGCCAAUGUUGCGUCAUGGCAGGACCAAGUCGACAUGUUCAAGGCUGCCGAGAAGGAGUAUGGAAAGAUUGACCAUGUGUUUGCGAAUGCGGGCGUGGGCAUGUCGGCACCACUGGUCGACGAUGAAGUUGACGAGAAGGGCGAGCCACGGCCCCCGAAGCUGGAUACCAUCAACAUCAAUCUGAUUGGCGUCAUGUACUCGGUAAAACUGGGCAUACACUACCUCAGGAAGAACCCGUGCGGUGGCAGUAUUGUCACAACAGCCUCCGGCUCCAGCUUUACCAGAGUCGAGCUUUCGGAUUACUCUCAAGCUAACACGGUGCAAGCCAUGUCAAAGCAUGCUGUGCUUGGCCUUACGCGCGCCCUGUACCGAGAGCUUCACCCCAAGCUUCCCAUCCGCAUCAACUCGAUUGCGCCAUCGUGGACAGACACGGCCAUUGUGCCGCGCGAAGUGAUUGCCUUGUUUGGCGAGGGCAGCUACCAGACGGCCGAUGUGGUUGCUCGGUCAGCCAUGAUACUCAUGGUAGACCAGACGCGGCACGGCGAGAUGGUGUACAGCGAUCGCGGCAAGUUUGUCGAAAUGGAAAACGGAGCAACGGGCUUCCAUGCCCAGACCAAGAAGACGCUGGGGUUUGCAGAGGACGAAGAGACGAGCGAGGCAAAGGCUUGGCAAAGGGCGCAGGAGGGAUUUGCCGCUGCUGCAUCGUAGCGCAAGAAUGCUUCCUAGCGUGUGCUGAGUAGGACAGGCAAGGUUAAUUUCCAUCACGUCUUGGGGUAAUGGCCCUAGUUGGCGAACCCCUCACCAUCAUCAUCAGCAGCAGCAGCAUCAGCAUCAUCAAUUUUAGAUUUGAGUUUUUUUUGGGUCAUCAUAUUUUGCGCUCUAUCGACCAAGCUCUUCCACGACCUCUGACAUGUGUUGACAUUGGGUUUUGGGCGAGAUGGCGGGUGGUAGACAAGAGUCAUAGCCACAGACUGAGCUGAUUGU